AUGUCUUCAAAUGAAUCUGUUCUGUCAUUGAUACUGACUCUUCACUCAUUGGAGCUGUCUGAGACAAGCAUUCAUUCAGCAUUCAUAUUUGGAUUAUUGGCAUAUUUAAUAAUCUUAAUCUGCAAUUUAACAGUUGCUUUUACUAUUUGCUGUAAUAGAAAUCUUCACAAACCAAUGUACAUUUUGUUAUUGAACAUGCCUAUCAACGACACAAUAGGUGCAACAAGUCUUUUCCCACAGCUAUUGUAUAGCAUUUGGUGUCAGAAUAGAUUGAUUUCCUAUUCUGUGUGUUUCCUUCAAGGCUUUUUUGUGCACAUAUAUGGAGGUGCAUCUCAUAUCAUUCUCACAGCUAUGGCCUAUGACAGGUAUAUUGCCAUUUGUUAUCCGUUAAGAUACGGUGCUAUUAUGACCAAUAAUAACUUGUUAAGAAUCAUAACUGGAAUGUGGUUCAUUAAUUUUAGCAUUAUAUUUGUACUUUUCUUGCUGCUUCUGCCCUACAAGAUUUGUAAGACCUACAUGGAUGAGCUUAUCUGCUACAAUCCAUCUAUAAUGAAAAUUGUUUGCGAUGACACGCGAGUAAACAACAUCUAUGGAUUGUUUAUUUUAUGUUUCUAUCAUAUUGUUUCACUUUCUAUUGUGGCAUUUACUUACAUUCAUAUACUGAUCACUUGUAUUACAAAGAAGCAGUCUGAUGCAAAGAAUAAGGCCCUUCAAACGUGUGGUACUCAUCUGGUGGUCUUUCUGUUUUUGGAGUUCAACACUUUUUUCCCUCUUAUUGCACAUCGAUCUGAAUAUGUUCCAGCGUAUCUGCGCAGGGUUUUCUCUAUAUGUGCUCUGGUGUUUCCUCCCAUUGUGAAUCCACUGGUUUAUGGUUUUAAAACUAAAGAAAUCAGACAGAAAAUUGUCACUUGCUUCAAGAAAAGGAUAGACAGUAUGAACAACUAA